AUGAAAGCAGCGGCGGCAGAGUGGGAGCCGAAUGUUGCGCUAGAGCAGAAUAUUCCGCGAGAGCUCGACACGUACGGCGAGGAACUUACUGAGAUCGAUGCCACCGAUGGCAACAAAGUGCCCGCGCAAGCUUGCCCAGAUGACAGUCUCCAUUCCAAGAACAGAGAAGACAAAGACCUCCGCAUCAUCGGUCGCCUCCUGCAGGUCAUGAUCCCGUACGGCGGUAUGCUAUCGAGUGGCUUCAACAUGGCCUCUACCACCAUCGGCGCCGGCAUCCUCGGCCUGCCGGCCGCCUUCCACAGUGUUGGCAUUAUUAUGGCCACUGCCUAUCUAGUACUGAUCACGGCUGAGACAGUAUACUCCAUGCGGCUUCUCGUCCAAGUUUCGGAGAAAACAGGCCUGCGCUCCUUCGAGGAGAUGGCAAAGCACCUUUUGCAUCCCCAAGCCAACAUCUUUGUCGCCAUCAUCCGUGCGCUGCACAUCUUCGGCGGCUCCGUCGCCUACGUUGUCACCAUUGGUGACCUCCUCAAACCCAUCCUCAGCUCCUCUGCGUCAACGCCACCGUUCCUUCUUACCUCCGUAGGCCUGAAGCUCCUUACGACAGGUUUCUGGCUGGUCUUUAUGUUUCCGCUCGUCCUGCCGCGCAGGAUCAACUCGCUCCGCUACGUCUCAGCCUUCGGUAUUCUCUUCAUCCUGUACUUAGCGCUCGUGGUCAUCACCCACAGUGCCAUGAAUGGAAUGAGAGCGCGUCCUCGUCCGACGACGCAGCUGAUUAGCACUGACAACAUGGCCAUCGAGGGCCUCGGCGUGUUCAUCUUCUCCUACAUGUGCCAGAUCAACUGCUUGGAAGUGGCGUUCGAGAUGCGACCUCGCAGCGUGGGCCGCUUCACCAUCUGCGCUGCCGUGAGCAUGACCAUCUGCGGGAUCCUGUACUACGCCACUGGCCUCUUUGGGUACCUUGACUUUGGCGAAAUGCGUGGCUCCAUCCUGCUGCGCUACAACCCACUUGAGCAACCGCAUGUGUUCGUGAGCUACAUUGGCGUGUUCAUCAAGAUCUGCGCCUCCUUUGGCCUCCUGAACAACGCGUGUCGCAGCGCUCUCUUUCCCCUCAUUGGCUGGGACCCCUACACCGUGGUGUACUGGAAGUACCUCGUCGGCGCUGUUUCUCUUGCUCUCCUCGUACUCGUGCUCGGGCUGUUUGUGCCGAACGUGAACAUAGUGUUCGGCUUCACGGGAGGUGUAUGUGGCGGUUUCGUUGGGUUUAUCCUCCCUGCACUGUUUGUUAUGUACGCUGGAGGGUGGUCGUUCCGCUCCGUAGGAGUAAUCAACUACUGCUGUACUUACCUUAUUUUGUUUGCUGGCGUGGUAGCCAUUGUCUUUGGCACUGCUGCCACCAUCUACAGCGUCGCUCCUAACUAA